ACCGUCCCGGGGCUGAUCUCUCGUGUCUUCACCCUCCAGCUGUGAGCCUGUCUCGGGGUGAAGUGUCCAGCAGCAUUCGCCAGGCAGUCGUUACCUUCAGCACACACUUUCUACGGAGCUCGGUUAUUCUUAGCUCAGCUGCGCGAGAGUCUGUCCUUCCGGUCCUCCUCUUGUUUAUCCCAGUUUCUUGAAUAUUUAAUGGAAAAUGGCGAUCUGCGCACAGUCGUAUGGUAUUUUCUGCCUCUUUACUAUCCAAACUGUACUUGUCCUAUACGUCUCUACGCCGACCACCGGGACCCACCUCUUCCCCCAGCACUACACAAUGAUCCACUGGGCCGGGCGCAUUGAGAAGGAGCUGGAGAAGGUCCUGCAGCACGUCACAGGGACACAGCAGAUGAGAUCGAUUUAUAAUGAGAAGAAGAGCCAGUUCGAGAUCAAGAGGAACAACCCCAAGGACUUAGUGGAGAGAGUGGCCCGGGACAUCUCCAAACUGCUCAAUAGUAAGAGGAAAGCACUGGAGAAGCUGGCCCGAGAGGCGGAGCUGCUACAGAAGGAGCACGUUUGGCAGGACGGCGUGACGGAGAAUGCCAUUUCAUACUACGAUUCCAAAGCGGAUUCAGACUAUACAGAGGAUGGAGAGGAGGAGAAUCCACUGGAGAGCUCCACAUCUUUAGAAUUGGAGUUUGUGGAUGAUCCCAAUUUUAAAAACAAGGUCAACUACUCCUCCAGCGCUGUGCAGAUUCCCACUGACAUCUACAAAGGCUCCCCCGUCAUCCUAAAUGAGCUGAACUGGACUCAGGCACUGGAGCGAGUCUUUAUUGAGAACCGCAGAGAGGACAGCUCCCUCCGGUGGCAGGUGUUUGGCAGUGCGACCGGCGUCACGCGCUACUACCCAGCUACUCCAUGGAGAGCGCCCAACAAAAUCGACCUGUAUGACGUCCGCAGAAGGCCUUGGUACAUCCAGGGCGCUUCAUCUCCAAAGGACAUGGUCAUCAUUGUGGAUGUGAGCGGCAGUGUCAGUGGACUCACUCUCAAACUGAUGAAGACCUCCGUUAUUGAGAUGCUGGACACUCUCUCGGACGAUGACUAUGUCAACGUCGCCAGGUUCAACGAAAAGGCUGAUGCGGUGGUCCCCUGCUUCAAGACCCUGGUCCAGGCCAACGUUCGUAACAAGAAGAUUUUCAAAGAGGCUGUGAUGCACAUGCAGGCCAAAGGGACCACGGAUUACAAGUCUGGAUUCACGUUUGCCUUCGAGCAGCUCCUCAAUGAGUCCAGUGCCCCCAGGGCCAACUGCAAUAAGAUGAUCAUGAUGUUUACAGACGGAGGAGAGGACCGUGCGCAGGAGGUGUUUGAGAAGUACAACUGGCCUAACAAAUCCGUCCGAGUCUUCACCUUCUCCGUCGGACAGCACAACUAUGAUGUCACACCGCUGCAGUGGAUUGCCUGUGCAAACAAAGGCUACUACUUUGAAAUCCCAUCGAUAGGCGCCAUCAGAAUAAACACGCAGGAGUAUCUCGAUGUCCUGGGACGGCCCAUGGUGUUGGCUGGACCCAAAGCCAAGCAGGUCCAAUGGACUAAUGUCUAUCAGGACGCGCUGGGUUUGGGUCUCGUCAUCACCGGGACAAUGCCUGUCUUCAAUCUGACCGCUGAUACCGCCAGUUCUCAGAACCAGCUUAUUCUUGGCGUAAUGGGAGUGGACAUAGCAAUAAAUGAAAUUAAGAAGAAGACACCAACCUACAGACUUGGAGCCAAUGGUUACACCUUUGCUAUAGACCCAAAUGGUUAUGUAUUACUUCAUCCAAACCUAAGGCCAAAGAUCAUUAACUUCAGGGAGCCAGUCACUUUGGACUUUCUGGAUGCGGAGAUGGAGGACAGCAACAAGGAGGAGAUCCGUCGACAGAUGAUUGAUGGCAGAUCAGGGCAAAGGAAAAUCAAGACGCUCAUUAAAUCAGUUGAUGAGAGAUACAUCGAUGAGUCUUUGAGGACGUACACUUGGACUCCAGUAGAGGGCACCGAUUACAGUUUAGGGUUGGUGCUGCCCACUUACAGCGAAAACCACAUCAAGGCCAACCUGAGCGACCAGAUUCUACAGGUGCAGUUUUCAUACGUCAAGGAUUUUGAGUCACUGCUGCCAAACAGUUUUGAAUCAGAAGGACAUGUUUUCAUUGCUCCCAGGGAAUACUGCAAUGACCUGGAGCUGUCAAGCAACAACACAGAGUUUUUACUGAACUUUAUCGCACUCAUGGAGAAAGUGACACCAGAUUCAAAGCAAUGCGAUAACCUUCUUCUCCAUAAUUUGAUCUUGGACACGGGGAUCAUCCGUCAGCUGGUGGAAAAAGUCUGGAAGAACAAAGAUCUCAACACGUAUGGUUUCUUGGCUGUGUUUGCUGCCACUGAUGGAGGCGUAACAAGAGUAUUUCCCAACAAAGCUGCUGAAACUUGGGAGGAGGAUCCAGAACCAUUUAAUGCCAGUUUUUACCGUCGCAGUUUGGACAAUAAGGGGUACAUCUUCAGAGCGCCUUAUCGAACUGCCCGAGACGAGUUCCUAAACCCAGAGAAUGACACUAUAGGCAUCCUGGUGAGCACAGCCGUGGAAAUCACAGUGGGAGGGAAAACUGUCAAACCUGCAGUGGUCGGAGUUAAAUUGGACCUGGAAGCCUGGGUCGACAAAUUCAAAAUCCUUGCCAGUAACCACACUGAUAGUCGGCAAGGCGUGCAGUGUGGGCCAAACCGUCCAUGUGAAAUGGACUGUGAAGCCAACAGUGACGACCUUGUGUGCUAUCUAGUCGACGAUGGUGGAUUUUUGAUCAUGUCCAAUCAGAAAGAAGACUGGAAUAAGGUGGGCAUGUUUUUCAGUGAGGUGGACCCUUACCUCAUGUACGCUCUCUACAACAACUCCUUCUUCAACCGAAAGCAAUCGUUUGAUUACCAGUCUGUGUGCGAGCGCAUCCCCAACAGUGAGGCCGGAGCAGGACCACGAUCAGUGUUUGUGCCUACUAUAGCAGAUUUUGUAAAUAUAGCCUGGUGGACUUCUGCAGCUGCAUGGUCCUUAUUUCAGCAGUUUAUUUAUGGCCUUGCCUAUCACAGUUGGUUUGUCAAAGAUGUGGAGGCAGCUGAGAGUGUGGACUCUAAAGAGAGGAGCUGUGUGAUGAUGCAGACGCAGUAUUAUCUGACCAACCUGACCAACUCCUACAACAUACUACAGGACUGCGGCAACUGCUCCAGGUUGAUCCACGCUAAAAGGUUAAAUAACACCAACUUGCUGUUUGUGGUGGCCGAGAAGUUGCUCUGUAACUCCUGUGAGAUUGAGAGGCUUACACAAGAACAAGAAGAAUACAAAGAAGAGAAUCCUUGUGAAGUCAUGGCUCCAGCGCGUUACAGGAAAGGACCCUCCACCUGCUUUGACAACAACAUCUCUGAGAACACAUCAGACUGUGGGCGGGGCUACUCUUUCCGUCCGUCGCUUUAUUCACUGCUGCUCAUUCAACUGCUCCUGCUUUACCCCGCCCUCAGCCCCUACGCCCUAUCACUAACACAUUAACUCCACCAACCUCUGCUGUCCUGGUAUAGCCCGCCCAAGCCUUAUUUACUAUCCCGUAGCCCCAACACCACUGUCCACAUCUGUGCCCCUAUGUGCCCCUCCCAAAAUAUAGUCAACGGUAACGGGACUUCUAUAGUGGCAGAAGCCCCUUAUAGUGCCACGCUGCCCACUUUGCUUCAGUCAUUUGUGGCAAUUGAUAUCUUUGGACAUUCAGUAUACUUGAGUGGCAUCAGAAAGCUCGCCCAUAAAAAGAAAGUAAUUAACCAUGACUGUUACAUGGGACCAGGAAGUCAGCAAAAUGUCCUGCUUCUUGCAUCAUCCAGCUGUUGUGGACAGUUCUACCAGUUCUAGCCAGAAAAUACCUUGAAAAAAACGAUUCAAAAUGUCAGCGCUGAGGUGAUACUCAAAGCUUAUGUUAUGAUUAUUAAGGUUUUUAUUUGAAAAAGGAAGCUGUUAGAUGUUAACUUAAUUUAUGCACUACUUCAAUGUCUACUUGCCAAACAGAGAUAGACUUUCAUGUGUUCUUAUUUUUAUAUAGCCAAAAUGUGCUGAGGAAAAUGGCUUUUGAUUUUAGAUUUAAGAUAACUGAGUGCUGAUUCAUUUCAUCCACUCGGGAUUAUGGCAAUUACAUGCUUUUUGUUACAUUUGUUUAAAAAUAUCCUUUUAUUUAUGCUAUUUCUUUGUAACAUGAAUCAGUGAUUUGUGUCUAGAGCAGUGGUUCUCAAACAGAGGUACUGUUCCCUCUAGUGAUAUGUGAAUUUUUGUUCCAAUUUAAUCUAGUUUUUAGUCUGGACAUUGCAUCUUGUCCUGGUUUAUUUCUACUGCAGUUAAUCUUAGUUAAUUCUGGAUCAUGGGUUUAAACAUAGGUUAGUCCGGGUUUAGUUUUAGCUCAGUCCUAAUUUAAGAUUUGAUUUAGGCACACUUUUGAGUAGUUCUUGAAAUGUCAAAUAUUUAAGGUAGAAUUAUUUAAGGAAGUUUGAGAAUCACUGUUUUAGCUUUUUUGUUUCAUAUCUUUUCAUAUUUGUAUUUGUUACUUACAUCAUUAUUAUUAUUAUUAUUGAUGUAUUACUACUUUUUAUAAUCAUUCCAACCUUUAAGCCCUGAAGCUCGGCCAAUCCUCAUGAAGCUUCCUCAGUGACCUCCUAUUUUAACUUUGAAUUUAAGUCACUGCCAUCUUACACUAGCAUCAUGCCUCUGCCUCAUGACUAUCGCAUAGUAGCCCCUGGUGGGGUUUUGUCCUUUGCUUUUUAGGUUUACUACUCACUGGCCACUUUAUUAGGUACACCUGUUGUAAUCAUUUCAAUGGGAAUGGACAGAACUGUAAUAUCAAAUCAAAUCUAUAGGGAUAAACCAUCUGAAGUUCAUACAAAGCAUCAAAAUAUGAAUAUAGUGAAAAAAAGUUCAUUUAAAUGUUACUGAUCCACUGUCAAGACAGUUAUCAACACAUUUUCCAUUAGUCUAAAAUUCAAAAUCACUAGUUUGUAAAGUGUUAAACAGUAUCAGAUUUGUCAUCAUUUCUCCAUAUCUAAAAGCACCGAGUUGGUACAAUUUUGUUUAAUGACAUUUGCAUUUAAAAUCCUGUGAACAGAUGUGCCGAAUAUUGUGGUCUGCGAGUGUAUUUUCCCUUUUGACUAAAGCUGUUUAAUCUUCAAACCAUUCGCUGCUGGGGUUUAGGGGCUUCUCAUUAUGAUUCUUGAUGUGAAGAGCAAAAGAGGCCACUGGUGAUCACAUGGUUGUGUGGUUGUCACAGUUUUAGUGAGGAUAAAAUGGUGUGAACAGUUAUUUAGUAACGCUCUGAUUCAUAGUGCCUUGAUGCACUUUCUUUUGGCUUUGUAUGAGUAAAACAACUGCGUGGUGACUUUUAUGGCAGCCAUUUUGGAGACUUUGACAAAUGAGGUGAUGUGUGACGUAUUCAGUGUUGAUAAACAUGAGGCUGUGCUUGCAUUUCGGUGGUGAUAGCAAACAAUUCCUGUUUAUUGUACAGAAAGCACCAUUCACCACCACAAUACAAAUUGUCUAUGGACAACAGCAGGGUAGAGUAUGACAAAGUGCUUCAACUUUUUGCAUUGUACUGUAUGCGUAAGUAGUAGCAGCUUUCUGCAGCACUUUUCUGGGGAUUGUCCAAUAUAUAUAGAGCUCAUGUAUAGCAUAAAUUACCUUUUGGCAAUUAAAUCAUGUUGUUUCCUCUAAUUAUAUACAUUUUACAAUAAAAUCUGCAAAUUUAAUGUCAUCAAAAUAGCUACUGCUCAUAUCUAUCCUUAAGUUAAAUACAUAAGUUUCAGAGUGAUGAAAAACAGUGUCACCAUAGCAAUUAACAAUUCAAAACAAAACCAGCCAAAAGUCCUCAAAAUGUUACAUAUAAACAGGAAACCCAUGAAUUGCCUAAUCUCUGAACUCUUGAGUGGACAGGCAAUCAGCUACGGGGUAACUGAUGACUGUAACGCCUACAUAUGCUGUAUAUUCACUACAACUAUGAACAUAUAGAAAAAUAUAUCUGCUACAAUCUUGAAUAUUGAGACUGCCAUAUUUGGUCACUCCACCGUUGCUUUACGACGCCAUGUGUAGAGCUAUGAUAAUGCUAUGAUAUCGAGCGACUUGGGGCCACUGACUGCUGUCAUUCUGCCUGAAUGCGUGCUCGUUUGUGUGCGAAUGUAGGACUAUCUUUCUGUUAAAAGCCCUCAAAGGGAAUGUAUGGAGGCACAUGGCCGUCCAAUGUGUCUUAUGUGUUGAACUAGACAAAAAAGUAUUAGAAAAACUGCAGAAAAAUUUAUUUAAUUUGUUAAAAAAGUUGGAGGUAAACGAAUGUGUACAUCAUCAGUGUUUUUGUUAGUUUUUAUUAUUUGUGUUAUGUUUUCAGUGUUAAUGCCUCUCUAAAUGCCUUAGCGUUCCACAAUACACAGCUCUCCGAUCCCUCUCUAUAUAUCUUAAAAACUAUAUUCUCAAAGUGUCCUGCAAGUGUAGAAAUUAAGCUCUUAUUUUGUAUUUUAAUUGUCAUUUUGGUUUACGAUAAAUACUGAUUCAUAAAGGCUGUUUUAACAAUACUUGAAAACAGUUGUAGUUUUUAAAUGAAAAAAUUCAAGUGCGUGGCUUGGAGAUUUAUUAUAUUAUUAAAUUAUAUGCAACUGCUACAGAGAGUGGUCCAGAACAUCAAAUUGCUACGAGAUAUUGCAAAGUUCAACCGCAAAAUGUUCAAAAUCAUAAAUUCUAUAUGAUUGGUGACUAUUCAGACUGAGUCAUACUUCAAAGUAGCUAUAAAAUGCACCCAGAAUCCACAAAUAAGAAAUGAUUUUGAUACUGUGCUUUAUAGUUCAGACUUCUUUUAGGGCCACUGUAGUUAUUUCUAGUAUAAUUUGACCGUCACAGGAAACUGCAGCAAAUUGGACAAAUGUAAUAAAAAUACAUUCAAUGACUAAGAGAUAUAUAGACAACAUAUUGCAUUUAUUAUUAAGUUACAACGGUCUAACGCUGCUUGCAGUUUUGGCAUCCAUUGGGUUGCUCUGCUCUAUUCCUAAAGUACACAUCCUUGAGUUUCAGAAUUAUGAAAAAUUAGGAUCGUUACCUUAACAAUAAAGAAACAAAACAAAACAUAUAUUCUGAAUGGUGAUAAGGAAACUCAUGAAUAGUUGGUUCUAUUCUCUUCUCCUUCACUGUUUGUAAAUGAACACAAAACGUGCCUGUGUAACUUGAACCCCUCAAAUAAUUUUUUCCCAACCUACCUGCACUGCUACAUUAUGCACAACGCUACACACGAGCUAACCAAGAGAACAUGUACGGACACUGGUUUCGCUGGGACAUAUCAAACACUACAAGGUAAAGGUUAGCCAAGGAUGUCAUUUUGGGAUGCAGUUUUGUUUUAUUUUGUUUAUAUUAUUAUAAUUUUAGUGUAUGAGAGGGUGGGAUGUCCGAGGCCAGGUAAGAGAGGUAUAAUAGUUACGAGCGUGUGCAUCCCCCAUACCCCUAAAUGCUUUGGAAAGAAGUUUGUCAGUAGGCUAUUUCCAGUGUAUUAGCAAAUUGUUAAUUAUACAUCUGUAAGCGUUUUACUGAAAUCGAACGGGAGAUUAGUAGGUCAACAUUCAAAGGUGCACUAUGUAACUUGUCUGGAGGAUGCAUCAGGAUGGUCUCCAUGGAGUUGUUAUGCUUUGCCCAGAAUGUUCCACAGUACAGAAUUAAACUUGUGUAUCUUCUGUUUAUUCAAAUAUACUGUCUGUGUGUAUGACUGAAUACAAAUACACUGAAAAACCUGCACUGACUGUGAUAAAGAUCACAUCUCUCAUAACUUGGCGUGUUUAAUGCUAUACUGUGGAACCUCGAAUGAUGAAAUAGCACCUCCAUGGAGACAAGUUUUUAAUAAUCAUUUCCUAUUUGGACUACAAAAUAUAUAAUUAACAGUCCAUAGCAAAAUAGCCUUUUGAAUGGUGACAAGUCCUCAUAUAUCAAUACGAAUACAUCUUAAAUAGCUUACAGACACACUUCACACUAAAGCAUUUCAAACACACACCACUAAAGGAACACACUCAGUUAUGUGGAUUUACUUUUGCCAAAAAAUAAAAUGACUAAAAUAGAAAAAUGGAUCAGCCGGGCGGGGACGAAUGGCAGGGCUUGUCUUUGGCCGGUCCUCUGUCCCGUCAGCCCUGGCUGCUUCUGUGUCGGUGCAUCGUAUGUGGGAAAGAAGAUUUGUAUGUGAUUCUGUAGUCUGUAGUCUGGUGCUAUGUGACCAUGUUCGACAAAGUGUGUGAAAAAAAUAACAUUUAGUAAGAAAAAAAGCCGUCAAAAUUUAAGUGAAGUUUAAAAAAUAUAAUAAAUAUAGGAAUUACAGCACUGUUGAUAAGUUUGCGAUCUGAAAUGUUUAUAAUUUGUUUAAUUUCUGAAUGGGGUCUUGAAUGAAUGCGGUGUGUUUGUGAGUGCGUGGGUUAGCUCCUUCUUUCUGGGCACUAAGUCCAUGUCAUUCUUUUGUACAGAUGAAGCUAAAAAAAAAGAGGAGGGCAAAAUUUGUAAAAUAUUGUGUCUGUGACUCCUUGUAAAAUAUUUUCAAAUUGUUUAUUACAGAGAAUCAGUUAUUAAAUAAUGUUCAUAUUUUUCACUUCA